CCCCACCAGGCUGAGUCUUAGUAUAUUGUAUCAUGCGGCUCUGACUGGACCGCAUGCGAAGAUCACAGGUACUCCGGCAACUUAGCUCCAUGAUAUAUACGCCUGGUGGGGCGUCGCGUGUGCGCGUCGAACUGUGUGUCCUGGUGGGUCCUUCGCGCGUGUACUUAACUUGCAGCAGUCCUCUGUUUGCUCCUCGUGUACACUUUUGCUCGUGCUGCUGCUCUCGUUUUCCUCGGUCGUUUUCCCCAGUCAGCCCGGCAAGGCUGAGCGCGGCUUUCCCUUAUACGGCAGAGGAAAGACCCCCCAGUCCCUACCACAGGCCACCACCUCAACACCAUUACCCAUCUGUACACCCCGUGUCCCUUGUAUGCAACACAGGACACAAGGGCCUACACUAGGGAACAUGCCGUUGCGGGGUCAUCAUCGUCGGACACAAUCUUGGCCACCGCUUACAGCCCGUCAUCUUCUCUCUGUAGCACCGAUUCAUUUCCACCUCAAUCCAAACUCGAAGCGGCCUGCAGCAGCCACGCCUGAUCCACUGCUGGAUAUUGACGAGGAUCCCUUUGCCCAUUUUCUUAGCCCGUUGACUGACGAAGACAACCCCUUGGACACUUUGUCGUUCAGCGCUGGAAUUGUAUUAUCUGAGCCCGGUUCCAUGAAGGAGAAACUGAGGAAGAAAUUGGCCCGGAGGUGGGCAAAACAUGUGGCGAAAUGCCCAGUCAAGAGGAAUGCGGAAACAGGCCAUGCCUUCGUUGGGACAAAGACCACAGGUGAUGUGCCCCAAGGCACAGACGCCAAAGAGCCACUACCAUAUCACACCGUGGUGCGAGAACCGAGGCCCUCGUUGAGAGAACCAACCAAAGGACGGGCACAGGAACUCGUUGGUGGAGGAAAGAGGAAGAGGAGAAAGUACAGACAUUCCUGGAGAGCACCAGACGGAGAUCUUUUUACUGUGGUGGAGGAAGCAGAAGGGGGAGACUCUCAUAUUGAGCAACAAUACUCUGGGUGAACCACGCAUACUGAAGGCUGCCAGCUAUUGAGGUUCUAUCUCUAUCGCUGGGAUUCGCACACGCAAAUUUGGGUACAAGCUGCCACCUCAUCCUAAAAAGCAAGCGAUCGGCAGACUUGGCA